CUUCUUGGAGGGGCAGUCGUUUUUUUAUGACCACGCGAAGACCCAUCUAGUAUGAAUCUAUGGUAGGCGAAUACUGGUCGAUCUCAUCCUGCAAAUUCACUUGCGAUAUUCUCGACGUUCCUUAAUAUCGCGUGCAGUGUCUACUUCGAUUCAGGUUGCCAUCUUGAAUACCAUACCACAAGAUGACGGACCAACAGCGCGAUGUGUCGCAGUACAAGUACUCAGCGAUGUCCAACCUGGUCCUCCAGGCGGACCGUCGCUUUGUUACUCGUCGCAACGAUGAAGUUACAGGAGACCCAGAAUCACUUGCUGGGAGACUCAGUAUCCGGGAUAUGGGCUCACGAAAUGCUCGCGACGAUGCGCCAAAGCAGAAGAAGAAGGCUUCUGGACUGCCCGAUAUCGAGAGAGGUGGCCUACAAGAGGGACAAGAUGUUCUAGAGCGGGAGCAACGAAAGCGAAAGCGCGGCGAACCUGCACAACUCCGUGGGACUGGAAUAUUGUCUGCGGCGGAUGCUUUGGUAGAAGGCAUCGUGUAUCGACCAAGAACUUCAGCAACUAGGGCGACUUACGAUUUAAUUCUGACCACUGUGGCCAACAAUCUUGGAGAUGUCUCCCACGAAAUCGUCAGGAGUGCAGCGGAUGCGGUCCUGGAGUAUCUGAAGGACGACGAUAUGAAGGAUUUCGACAAGAAGAAAGAAAUCGAUGACCUUCUAGGUGCCUCGUUGAGCCCGAAGCAAUUCAAUGAGCUCGUCAAUCUGGGGAAGAAAAUUACAGAUUAUGAAGCACAGGACGAGGACGAAGUAAUGGGUGACGGAGAAGCUGGCGCAGAAGACGGUGCAGAAAUCGAUGAUCGCCAGGGAGUUGCUGUGGUGUUCGAUGAGAAUUCAGAAGAUGAGGACGGCCAAGAAAUGGUAAACGAGGUCCGCGACGAAUCAUCUGAGGAUGAGGAUGAUAUUGAAGAUCGACCGGGUGCCGAGGAAGCUGCUACUGCUGGCGGAGCUGGAGAAGACCGAGACAAUGAAGCACAAGAGCUUCCAGAGGAGGAAGCAAUUAUCAUUGACUCCGCUACGACAGAAGAUCGCGGUGGGAAGGACAAGGAGAAGAGUUUCAUACCCGCCAGAGAAAUUGAUGCCUAUUGGCUCCAGAGACAAAUCGGCUCGAUAUAUUCAGACGCCCAUAUUCAACAAGUCAAGACACAAGAGGCUCUUCAUAUCCUAUCUGGUGCACCGGAAGAAGAGGGAGGGGAAGAGCGACCAUUACGAGAGAUUGAGAAUGAUCUUGCAGAAUUAUUUGACUGGGAGAACCAUGAACUUGUCCACAAACUUAUCGCUAAUCGCGACAAAGUUGUUUGGCUUACUCGGUUAGCUAGAGCGGAGGAUGCUGAGGCUCGAGGGGUCAUCGAACGAGAGAUUGCCUCUGAAGGUCUGCGUUGGAUUCUGGACGAGCUGCGUGGCGUCUCAUCCUCCGGUGAUGGGUCAAAGAAGCGAAAAUUGGAGAUUAAGAUGGACAUUGAUGCCCCUAAUUCAUUCGCAAAUGGCACCACCAAGGCUGAAGACAACGGUGACGGUGGUCUUGUUGGUGGUCUUCAGCCGCGGAAACUCAUCAACCUCGAGAAUCUAAUUUUCGACCAAGGAAAUCAUCUAAUGACAAACCCGAAAGUCAAGCUGCCUGAAGGCUCAACUAAGCGAACGUUCAAGGGCUACGAAGAAAUUCAUGUUCCAGCGCCGAAGAAGCGUAAUGAACCAGGUGAUCGCGAUAUCCCUGUGACUGAGAUGCCAGAAUGGGCUCGAGUGCCUUUCAAGUCCGCAACAAAACUCAAUAAGAUCCAGUCAAAAUGUUUCCCCCAGGCCUUCAAUGAUGAUGGUAACAUGCUGAUAUGUGCUCCCACUGGCAGUGGCAAGACCAAUGUCGGCAUGCUGACCAUCUUGCGAGAGAUUGGCAAGAAUCGAAAUCCAGACACCGGAGAGAUCAAUCUGGAUGCAUUUAAGAUUGUCUACAUUGCUCCAUUGAAGGCUCUUGUGCAAGAGCAAGUUGGCAAUUUUGGUGCUCGGCUGAAGGAAUACGGUAUCCAAGUCUCUGAAUUGACUGGUGAUCGACAACUCACGAAGCAGCAAAUUGCUGAUACACAGAUCAUUGUCACAACACCUGAGAAAUGGGAUGUCAUCACACGAAAAGCUACAGAUUUGAGUUACACCAAUCUUGUCAGGCUGAUCAUUAUCGAUGAGAUCCAUCUUCUACAUGAUGACCGUGGACCAGUCUUGGAAAGUAUUGUCAGCAGAACGAUCAGGAAGAUGGAGCAAACUGGAGAUCCUGUUCGUCUUGUUGGUCUCUCUGCCACACUGCCGAAUUAUCGUGAUGUUGCCAGCUUUCUUCGAGUCGACCCCACAAAAGGCAUGUUUCAUUUCGAUGGCUCAUACCGCCCUUGUCCUCUCCGACAAGAGUUCAUUGGCAUUACUGAGAAGAAAGCCAUCAAGCAACUGAAGACCAUGAAUGAUAUCACCUAUACCAAAGUUCUGGAACAUGUCGGGACCAAUCGCAACCAAAUGAUUAUCUUUGUGCACUCUCGCAAGGAGACUGCUAAGACCGCUAGAUACGUCCGAGACAAAGCACUGGAGAUGGAAACCAUCGGACAGAUCCUCAGAAGUGAUGCUGGUAGCAGGGAAGCUCUCAAUGCCGAAGCUGAGACUGUGAACGACCGUGAAUUGAAGGACGUUCUUCCUUAUGGUUUCGGAAUUCAUCAUGCAGGCAUGAGCAGACCAGAUCGUACGUCAGUUGAAGAUCUGUUCAACGACGGCCUCAUCCAAGUACUUGUUUGUACUGCUACUUUGGCCUGGGGUGUCAAUCUUCCUGCACAUACAGUUAUUAUCAAGGGGACACAAGUUUACUCGCCCGAGAAAGGUAGCUGGGUCGAGCUAAGUCCACAAGAUGUCCUUCAGAUGCUUGGACGUGCUGGUCGCCCGCAGUAUGACACAUAUGGAGAAGGUAUAAUCAUAACCACUCAAACCGAAAUGCAGUACUACCUGUCCUUACUGAACCAACAACUUCCGAUCGAAAGUCAAUUUGUUAGUCGACUUGCGGACAAUCUCAAUGCGGAAAUUGUGCUUGGAAAUGUUCGUAGUCGAGACGAAGGUGUUGAAUGGCUCGGGUACACGUAUCUCUUUGUUCGAAUGUUACGCUCUCCUGGUCUCUAUAGCGUCGGCGCCGAUUAUGAGGAUGACAAUACCCUGGAGCAGAAGCGCGUUGACCUCAUACACUCUGCUGCCGUCGUCUUAGAAAAGUCAAACCUAGUCAAAUAUGACAAGAAGACUGGAAAGUUGCAAGCUACGGAACUCGGUCGUAUCGCUUCGCAUUACUAUAUCACACACAGUUCGAUGCUGACCUACAAUCAUCACAUCCAGCCCUCCAUCACGCCCAUUGAGCUGUUCCGAGUCUUUGCUCUAAGCGACGAAUUCAAAUAUAUCCCAGUCCGGCAAGACGAAAAAUUGGAGUUGGCAAAACUCCUAGGCCGCGUGCCAAUCCCUGUUAAAGAGAGUAUCGAGGAACCCCAUGCGAAGAUCAACGUACUCUUACAGGCCUACAUUUCACGACUCAAGCUAGAGGGUCUGGCCCUGAUGGCUGAUCUGGUGUAUGUCACACAGUCUGCUGGUCGUAUCUUGAGAGCCAUCUUCGAGAUUACUCUCAAGAAGGGAUGGUCAUCCGUGGCGAAGACUGCACUGGAAUUGUGCAAGAUGGCCGAAAAGCGAAUGUGGCCGACUAUGACACCGUUGCGCCAAUUUCCUGGCUGUUCACGAGACAUCAUCCAGAAAGCCGAAAGAAUAGACGUUCCUUGGGCAAGCUACUUUGACUUGGAUCCGCCACGAAUGGGUGAGCUUCUCGGCCUCCCUAAGAACGGUAGAACAGUUUGCAAUCUUGUGGCCAAGUUUCCACGGGUGGAGGUGCAAGCACAAGUCCAGCCAAUGACUCGGUCAAUGCUCCGAGUCGAGUUAACAAUCACCCCUAACUUUGAAUGGGACGAUGAGAUUCAUGGUACUGCUGAAAGUUUCUGGAUUAUUGCAGAAGAUUGCGAUGGAGAGGACAUCCUAUUUCACGAUCAAUUCAUUCUCCGCAAAGACUUCGCACAGGCAGAGAUGAAUGAACACAUCGUUGAGUUCACCGUGCCGAUCACAGAGCCCAUGCCGCCAAAUUAUUUCGUCUCUGUCAUCUCUGACCGAUGGAUGCACUCGGAAACUAAAUUAGCAGUAUCUUUCCAGAAACUCAUCCUACCAGAGAAGUUUCCUCCCCACACGCAGCUACUAGAUCUGCAACCACUUCCAGUUGCUGCGCUCAAGACUGAUGAUUACCGGGCACUUUAUCCAAAAUGGGAGCGAUUCAAUAAGAUUCAAACACAGACUUUCAACUCUCUAUUUUCCACGGAUGAAAAUGUAUUCGUCGGGGCUCCAACUGGAAGUGGCAAGACGGUUUGUGCAGAGUUCUCCUUGCUUCGCCAUUGGUCUAAGCCCGAUGCUGGUCGAGCUGUGUACAUCGCUCCCUUUCAAGAGUUUGUCGAUCUCCGACAUCAAGACUGGCAAGAACGUUUCUCUGGCCUACGCGGCGGAAAAGAAAUUGUUAAGCUGACCGGGGAAACCACUGGUGAUCUGAAACUUCUUGAAAGAGGCGAUUUGAUUCUGGCCACACCAGCUCAGUGGGACGUCCUCUCGCGGCAAUGGCAACGCCGAAAGAAUGUCCAAACAAUUCAGCUGUUCAUUGCCGACGAACUGCACAUGCUUGGAGGCCAAGCUGGAUUUGUGUACGAGAUUGUUGUGUCACGCAUGCACUACAUUCGCUCUCAAACCCAACUGCCCUUGAGAAUCAUUGGCCUUAGUGUUUCCCUCUCGAACGCAAGAGACAUUGGAGAAUGGAUCGAUGCAAAGAAACACAAUAUUUACAACUUCAGCCCGCAUGUUCGAUCGGUCCCUCUAGAGCUUCACAUUCAGUCCUUCACAAUCCCUCAUUUCCCAUCACUUAUGCUUGCUAUGGCAAAGCCUACCUAUCUCUCAAUCUUGCAAAUGUCUCCUGACAAGCCUGCCCUCGUGUUUGUCCCCAGUCGGAAACAGGCUCGUGCCACAGCAAGAGAUCUGCUGGCAGCCUGCGUAGCUAGCGACGACGAAGAUCGUUUCUUGCACGCCGAUGUGGCACAAAUGAAGCCUUUGCUGGAGCGCAUUCGUGAAGAGGCAUUAGCUGAGGCAGUAUCUCACGGUGUUGGCUAUUACCACGAGGCUCUGAGUACAAGCGAUAAGCGCAUCGUCAAGCAUCUUUAUGACAAUGGAGCCAUUCAGGUGUUGGUUGCAUCUCGUGAUGUAUGCUGGGAACUGGACUGUACUGCACAUUUGGUUAUUGUGAUGGGAACUCAAUACUACGAAGGCCGGGAGCACCGAUAUGUCGACUACCCACUUAGUGAGGUCCUACAGAUGUUUGGCAAAGCUUCCCGUCCCCUCGAAGACAAGAUCAGCAAAGGGGUGCUUAUGGUUCCAGCAGUCAAGCGAGAAUACUACAAGAAAUUCUUGAACGAGGCUCUACCUAUUGAAAGUCAUCUUCAAGUCUAUCUCCACGAUGCCUUUGUGUCUGAGAUCAGCACGAAGAUGAUCGAGUCUGCCGAGGAUGCCAUCAGCUGGACCACAUUCACGUACUUUUACCGUCGUCUUCUCGCCAAUCCAAGCUAUUACAGCUUGACAGAUACGACCCACGAAGGUCUCAGUGCGCAUUUAUCGGAACUCGUUGAAAGCACUUUGAAGGACCUCGCCGAAACAAAGAUCAUUGAUUUGGAUGAAGAGGAUGACUCCGUCACGCCACUCAAUGCUGCCAUGAUUGCCGCAUAUUACAAUAUCUCCUACAUCACCAUGCAAACCUUCCUGCUCUCCCUGAGCGGGAGAACGAAGCUCAAGGGAAUUCUGGAAAUUAUUACAUCCGCUACCGAAUUCGAAUCUAUCCAGAUCAGAAGACACGAGGACAAUCUACUUCGUCGGAUAUACGACCGAGUCCCUGUCAAGAUGGCACAGCCAAGCUUCGAUUCCCCCCAUUUCAAAGCCUUUGUUCUUCUCCAGGCACAUUUCUCCAGGAUGCAGCUCCCAAUCGAUCUGGCUAAGGACCAGGAAAUCAUAUUGACCAAGGUGCUUGGGCUGCUUAGUGCGACUGUUGAUGUCCUCUCUUCCGAUGGCCAUCUCAAUGCCAUGAACGCUAUGGAAAUGUCUCAAAUGGUUGUUCAGGGCAUGUGGGAUCGUGAUAGCCCGUUGAAGCAGAUACCACACUUUACCCCAGAAGUGAUCAAAGCUGCCAACGAGUCCGGGGUCAAAGACAUCAUCGAGUUCAUGGAAGCCAUGGACCCAUCUGAAAAUCCUGAUUAUGCAGCCCUUGUACAGCGUCUAGGACUUUCCCAAAGCCAGUUGGCUCAAGCGGCAAACUUCACGAAUUCAAAAUACCCCAAUAUCGAACUUGAUUUCGAAGUCGAAGACCCCGAUGAGAUCACCGCUGGUGCUGCGGCUUAUAUUAAAGUCAAGAUCACGAGAGAAGUAGACGAGGAGGACGAAUCGGCAGAUGUGGAUACGACUGUCCAUGCGCCAUUCUACCCAACGAAGAAGAUGGAGAACUGGUGGUUGGUAGUCGGAGACGAGAGCUCCAAGACAUUGCUUGCGAUCAAGCGGAUCACCAUAGGAAAGUCGUUGAAUUUGCGACUCGAGUACACGGUGCCGACACCUGGAAAGCACGACCUGAAGCUCUUCUUGAUGAGCGAUAGUUAUGUCGGUGUCGAUCAAGAUCCCAGCUUCAGUGUGAACGUCGCGGAGGGUAUGGAUGAAGAUGAGGAGGACGAAGAGGACGAAUGAGUUAUGUCAGUUCCACCCAGCAGACUCGAUUGUAUAGUAAAGCGAAAUGAAGGAAGUGCUGUUUGGUCAAUAAGCCGUUGUGCCUGGCUUUCACGGCCGUUGAGGAG